AUGGACAUCAGUGAGGAAGGAAAAGAAGGAGGUGUUCGAGGACAGACAAAAGAGUCUCAGACUGAAGAAGCCAUGGACAUUGAAGAAAGUAGACUGAGGGCCAACAUGAUACAAACAGAAAACAAAGUUGGAGAGGAAGAAGAACAAGAAAAGAUGAUGGAUCAACGACAGGGUCCAGAGAUGCUGAAGAGAAAGGACUGGAAGACUCAUAGACCUGAAGCUUAUGAUAGAAAGAGCAGUAAAGAAAAACAUAAGAGACAGAGUUUCAAGAUGACCAUCAAAAGAGAGCAAGAAGAGAGUUUGAUACUCUCCUCGAGGAGUGAACAAGAAGAGGAACUGAUGGAGAUCAACUGA